GUGUAGGAGGCUUUCACCAUGCGCAGCUGGCGAAGCAGUUGGGAUUUGAGGCCUUUCGCACCUGGGGCCUGGAUCAGCUUCGCUGGGUACUAAAGGACGCGGCGAGCACGGGCUUCAAAGUCAUGGUUGGCAUCGACAUGACUCGUGAUCCUCAAUAUUACAAGGGUGAUGAGCACUGUGAUGACCUCGAGGGGAGCAGCUUCUGGCAGAAAGAAGCCAAGCGCAUUCUUGAAAGGGUGGACCAGAGCAAGUACGACGAACACAUUCUCAUGUGGCUGGUAGGCAACGAGCUCGAGACCCCUAUAGACGCAGAGAAAGGAAGUGACUGUUUGUGGCGACGUGUGAAUUGGAUGGCGGGGAAGAUCAAGGAAGUGGACCCAAACCAUCCCACUGGGAUCGCCUUGGCUGGGAUCGCAACUCCGAAAGUUGCGAAGAUGGCCAAGCUCUGCCCAAAGAUAGACGUCCUUGGCACCAACUUGUAUGGAAACGCCAUCCGAGAUGUUGGGGCACGUUUGCGCGCUGCUGGUUGGCGCAAGCCGUGGGCCUUCACGGAAUGCGGCCCUCUCGGGCCUUGGGAGGUACCUCGAACCUCUUGGGGUGCCGUGCUGGAGCAGUCAUCCACAGACAAAGGGCAGUUCCUGAAGAGGGGGCUGCGCCUCUGCAUGGAUGACGAGAUGUGCGUUGGUUUCAUGGCCUUCCUUUGGGGCUGGAAGUGGGAGAAGACCGGUACUUGGUUUGGCCUCAUGGACUCCUGGCACGAGGCGAAUGGCUAUGGCUAUCUCAAUGACAUGGGACAGCCUUUGUACGAUAUCUUUGGUCCCAAGGACAAAACAGCCUUCAGGAUUCAUAUAGACAAGCUCCUGGUGGCUGGGGGCAGGGAGGUACCUCUUGGAUUUUCUGCGCAUCGCGGUGCGGAAGUCCAGCUGGAUUUGUUCGCCAUUGCCACAGCCUUUCCUGGAGACACUGGUGCGUGGGCCAGUUGGGCUGUGACCAAGGAAACCCCAAUCAACCCGGAGUCCGAUGGCAACAUUGCUGAGAAGCAGCUGCCCGUGAUAAAAGAUGUGGUGGAAGCCUGCCCGAACAGCUUCCGUGCAAAGCUGAAGACAUGGGAGCUGGAGGAAGGCGGCAGCUACCGCCUCUACGCUUUCGCGAGGAGGAUUCAUCAUGGUGGCCUUCCUGGCUACCCGCCCAUUGUGGAGGCGUCCAUCUCCGUUCCGUUCCACAUCGGCCCGCAGAACUGCUCUGACGUCGAAUCUGGGACAUGCUUCGAGGAGGCCACGCGUGUGAUGAACAGUGCCCGUCGCAUGGGCCACGCUGACUGGCCAGCAGCAGGCCUCCUUCCGACUUCGACAUUCAAGGAAUUCCAGGCCGCCUUGCACGUUCAGCGUCAAGCCGGCUGUCCCGCGCCUUGCUCCGUGGACGUUGGGGUCAAUUCCAGCAGCACUUGCAUAGCGGCCACGCAGCUUCGCUAUGUUGUGGACGUACCGGCUGCGCAGAAAUUGCUAGAGCCCCCAGAGAUCACCUUUUCUGGUGAAUGCAGCACGGCGCAGCCGCCGGAAGAGUGCUUCUAUGGCACGAAAUGGUUGCUGGACACGGGCAGGUACAGCAUGCCAGAGGCAUUCCCAGAGGUGACGAUUACCUCAACUUUUGAAGAUGCACAGCUCGCCUUAUGGAAGCGUGCCAAGAAUCAUUGCAAGCGACCCUGCCCCGACGCAACCCAAGCGGCCUUCUACAAGUGA